UCAAGCUGUGGAGACAGUCUUUGCAAAGACGACAGAAGCAGCAGCUGGAGCAGCUCCUUCCCAGUGGUGGAGAACUGCACUGCACCAUACUGACAUACCAUUUCAUGAUGCCUUCAUUGCCAGGAAUUGGAUGGACUGUUUUUUGCGUACUGCUGCUCUGGAGGAGACGGGCAGCUUCCAGUAAAGAGAGACAAUGUUCCGUGGCUCAAGUGGGGGCGCUCCACCCAGUUGAGGCUCUGCUGGAGAAGUUUGAGGCUGGCCCAGGCUGUGCUGCCAGAGAGAGUGGGGACAAGGAGACUCAUGUCAUCGCAGUGGGGAGAGUAACCAGUGGCCCUGACAACAUGGUCACAGUACUGUUGAAGCCCCUGGCCCCGGGCCAGUCAGGUUUGAGAAAAGUUCACUUACUACUCAGCUCCAAGCAACCAAUCAGCUGGAGGCUGGAAGCUGAGAGACUGCCCCCUGACCUCCCUGUGCUAGUGAAGGUGUCCUCAAACUCCAGUGUUCAGUCCCAGACUCUACGCUUGCGUGUCCGGCCGCUACAUUGGGUCCCUUUCCGUCCGCGCGCGCUGUACCGCUGGGCUCUGAAACACCAUGGCAACCUGUCCUCUAUGACACACGUUACACAUGGAAACCGAGUGUAUGUCCGACUGGGAGAGGAUCUGACUCAGCCUCCAGUGUGCCAUCUUAAGUCAAUGUUUAUCUCCAACAACUACAUGACCUCAGACCUGCAACCACAAGAAAUACAAGGCUGCGACCAUUCCGCAGCAACUGGAAACAACCUAGAGGUCCACGUGAUCAAACUCUAUUCAGCAGGCUCAGGACUCUGUGGCUCACUGCAGGUGGAGGUGAUUGUGUCGCUUGUGCCCCCUUCGGACACUUCUUUGAGACAAAAGGUGGUGCUGAUUCUCAGCAGUUCGGUGCCAGUCAAUUGGGCCAUUGUUGCUCACGACGUCCAGGGUUAUAUUUUUAUUCAUUCCUCUAAUAGUGUUUCCCCUCCCUACCCUCCUGAGCCCGAACUGACUCUGACUACUACAAUCAUCCCCGACCUGUCCACCAUACCGGACCUGCUUGUGUGGGCCAAUGACAAUGGCUACAACAAUGUGACAUCGUACACGGAAGCUGACCGGGCCAAUCGCUUUGUGAUCCAGCUGGCUGGGUCCGGGGCAGGUCAGGACCCAUAUGUAGUUGGAGCAAUGAAGCCCAUUGCCAAGAGGCCUAAGUGGGCUGAGGAGCGUCCCCUGAGAGAAUGGCUCAAUGGCGGCGGAAGAGCAGAAGGAGACCGAGACAGUUUCACAGUGCAGUGUGAAGACGGACGCCUGAGUGUGGCAGUGGACCAACGCACACUGCAGACUUUGUCUGUGCCAGUUUCUGCUGUAACUUUGCGUGACCCAACAUGCCAAGCUCAGUCCAAUGGGAGUCAUUUCCUGUUGGUGUUCCCAGUCAUUUCCUGCGGGACUGAGGGGAAGCUCCUGCCACAUACUAAACGGGUGCAGUACAAAAACAUGGUGCUGUUAUGGAAAGACCAGCCUCAUACCAUGUUGUCACAUAAUGAGACUGAUUGGACAUCCAGAAGUUCACUUGGUAUACAUUUUAGCUGUUUGGAUGAAGUCGCCAGCACACCUCAACUAGGUCCUGCUGGUAAUGUCAAUACUUCUCAGGUACCCUGGGCUCCCUUGCCUGAUCGGGGACCACUCCACAUCUCUACACCCAAACUCAAAUCUGGGCCUUUGCUUCUUUUGAAGCUUUUCGUCACUGAGAGCUACAAGCAGCGACGCAUUGGACCAUGUGUCAUUGCUGCAGACCAGCGUGUUUAUGUCGAGAUUUCCGCCAAGGGGCCCUUCAUAGACGUUGCUGAGGUGAAGUCGUGUGUUGUUUCGCCUCUGUCGGACCCCAAAAGCUCUACCUUCUGGACUGUCAUAAGCAACAACUGUCCUGCAGACCCCUCACUUACCUUUGUGCAUGCGAAAGUUAAGGAGGAGACAGAAGAUGCUGAUGAGCAGGAGGAGGAGAUGGAAGACAGACUUGAAGAUAAAAAAGGAUACAAGGAGAUCAGUGACGAAGACAAAAGUGUCUCCCAUCAAGCCAAACCCGGCAAAAAAGGGAGAGAAGGACCCUCGAGGAAGGAAACGGUUAUACGGCCAUUAAGAUUUAGUUUCAUCCUACGGCCAGUUUACAAUGUCUCCAUGCAGUUUCUCCACUGCAGCCUUCACCUCUGUGUCUCUGACAAGACAACAAGGGAACCCACAAAGAAAAGAGUAAAGAAGGAAUGUCCAGAUGCUAAAGAUAUUCCUCCACUUGUUUCCAGGACACUUGGACAGAAGUGUGAGAUUAGAAACCUCUCCCGGCCCAUUGUGGUCACCCAGCCUCUUAACUCACUGGCACAUAAAGCAUUGAAGUCCACCACAGGCCAGCGAAGCAAACGACUCAGUGUCUCCCCUCUGGCCAUUCCUGCCCCACCACAGGCAAGAGUAUCUGGAGGUGGUUCAUUGCAGACAGGACCAAUGAUAGGAAUCGCCUUUGCAACCUUUGUAAUGGGUGUCAGUUUGAUGGGGAUGCUGUGGUGCAUCUUCACUUAUACAGUGUCACGUGAGAUACCAUUUGAAGGAGCGGGUUACUUAACAGACCAGACACCUGGAGGUCACCGCACAUGGGGUCCACCUUCUCUCUCAGAUGAGUUGACCAGCUCAGUAUAAAGUCUCCACAAAAGGCGUCACAAGAGCAACAAAAAGACAUCAAUAGAGAGAGGUUGUCAACUGUAAAUGAGAUCUUGGGUCUCAUAAGACAGACACAACUGCCUGGGACCGCAGCAAAAUGGAGGAACAUGUACCAGGAAUUCAGAGAAGAAAGAUAUUCCCCAUCCGUGGCCUUAUUUAAGAAAAUUGUUUGAUACUGCAUUGUCUUUUGUCAGCAUAAAAAAAAGUUUUAUUUUUUGUACUUAAGUACAUUUUAAAGUGCAUUUUUCUACACAACUACAGAAGUUCAAUUAUUACUUUUACCAGUCUUUUACACAAGUGUAUGUACAGCUACCUAAGUAGAGAGUGAAUACUUUUUGUGUCCGUAUUAUUCUGUAAUGUAAUUCUCCAAUCACUCAAAGCAGUUUCAGCCAAGACACUGUUAUUUUACAACUUGACCACUACGAGGCCCUGUCACUCUAAAAAUUGGACGAACAGAUUCAGCUGAAACUGGUGGGGUUUGGAAGACAAAUGCUACUUCCAGUUAGAACAAACAGGAUAACGCAAACGCAAAAACAUACUGUGUACAGUUUACUAUUGAUCACACCGGUUUACAACACCUACUAUCCUUAAACAUUCUGAACACUGCCUGAAUUUAUAGCAUUUUUAUUGUUUUAUUAAAAUCAUCAUUAUGAACAGUGCUUGCAUUUAUAUAAUUUGUAUUUUAUUAUUUAAGCCAUUUGAUCCCAAAUUUCACAAUAGGUUUAUAGCAGGAUGUUUUUCACAAUGGGGUUGAAA